AGUAUUUAUAAAUACGCAUAUAUUCCUCAUAAAAAUGAGUGCAUAUAUACUGGUAAAGACUUUCAUCUUCAUCUGCAAAAAAAAUGAUGCUCCGCUGCAAGGGGAAGGCUGAUGACCAUGAGUGCAAAAAGUUACUCUGGUUCUCAAUGUAGAAGUGUGUGAUUACAAUCACUCUUUGGAGAAAACUAGUCUAUGUGUUGGAAACCUUCAUGAGUUGGAGAAGAUUGAAUCUUUAAAGAUAGAGAGAGAUGGCUUCAUAUAUAAGAUAACAAUUGUGGGUAAAGUUGAUCCCUUGAAGAUCUUGGAGGAGAUGAAGAAUAAACUUGGAACCUCAGUGAAUCUCGUUUCUGUAGUUGAUGAGGAGGACACGCCUAUAAAUACCCAGUUCAGAUUGAAUCUGGCUUGCAACAGAAGUGUCAAGACAGUUCUUAACGUUGUGAGCAAAAGCAAAGGAUUUCAAGGGAUAAACAUAGAGAGGACGAAGAAUUUGGUGACUGUGAAAGGGGAAAAUGUGGAAACAGAGAAGCUGAGGCUGACUCUGCAGAAGAAACUGAACAGUGCCGUGGAGGUUAUUGUGCCGCCGCCGAAUCAAGAAGCUAAGAAGGUUUUCGCCGCCGUGCCUCAGCCUCACUGGGCGGAGUGCGGUGGCCCCAGUCAUGAUGAUCAGGAGGUCUGUGGGAUCAUGUGAUUAUGGUUCCAGAUCAAAGGUCAAAGUUGCAGUUCAUAUACUUCGAUUUUAGUAAAGAUAAGAACAGCCACUACAUACCAAGUAUACUCCUUUAGGACCUUUAGGUGUGUUUAUAUGAAAUAUAAAAGAAAAAUGAAGAUAUAAUUAAAGAACAUAUCCAGCCAGAAUCUCUUUAGAGAGGCCGGCUUGAAACGCUUAUACAGUCUACUAAUCCUUCACAUGAAUUAACUUAGGGUACGAGUUUAAGAAUGACUAACCUUAUGUUAACAUUAAAAUAGUGUGUAGUAAGUGUACUAUUUUUUUUUUUAAUUCAAAGGCACUUGCCCACUUGGAUCCUAUAUGAUCAAAUAGGAGGUCAUCUUAAUGAGAAAAUUUUGUUUCUAAAGUGUAUGUGGUUCCGAUUUCCGAAGAUUGGGUCAAUGAUGUGGUGGC